AAGAUGCAUCUGUCCAUGGGGUCCUCCAAAAUGGCUGAUGGAUUCCAGAGCAAAGUGGUAGCACCUCGUUUUCCGAAGCUAGUUAGAGAGACAGAGGAGUCUGUAACUCUGACUCCCUCGGCCUUCCUGAAGGAGAUGUCUCUCACCACGGAGCAGAGGCUGGCCAGCACUCGGGAGAUGAGGCGGCCCCGGAUUAUCCAGCUUCUAGACAUGAGUGAGACCUCCCAUCAAAAGUUCUCCUCAGUUGACCUGGACCAGAGCUUGUUUCAGCCUUUUCCAUCAGAGGUGGUGUUUCAGAGCUACGUCCCCUGCGAGGUCUAUGAAGCGCCGCUGAUUCUGAGGAACACCGACAAGGUUCCUCGGCUGGUGAAGGUCGUCUUGGAGAGCUCACCUUAUUUCAAGUUGAUCAGCCCGAAGGAUACGUGCCGUAAGGUAGCACCUGGCAUGCGUUCCACUUUCCGCAUCCUUUUCACCCCUGAGGAGAACAAGGAUUACUUCCACCAGCUCACCUGCAUCACGGAAAGGGAAAAGUUCGUUGUGCCGAUCCGAGCUAUAGGUGCCCGAGCCAUCCUGGACUUCCCUGACCAGCUGAACUUCGGUGUCUGUCCAGUCAAGUACAGCACCCAGAAAACACUGCUGGUUCGCAACAUCGGGAACCGGGAGGCCCGCUACCGCAUGAGCACUCAGAGCCCUUUCUCUGUCGAUCCCUCCGUCGGGACUCUUGGGAUUGGUGACGCCAUGCAAGUGACAGUGGAGUUUCACCCACUGAAGACCGGGCACCAUUCUAGGUCCUUGGUAGUUCACUACGACACAGGUGAAGAUAUCCACACAAGCCUUUAUGGAGCAGCUGGAGAUGUCAACAUCAGGCUAGACAGGAACUCCUUGGCAGUUGAGAAGACUUACCUCUCGCUGUCAAACCACGGAUCCGUGGUCAUCCACAAUCGGAGUGAAAUCGUAGCCCACUUCCAGUGGAAGGCUUUUGCUACACAGGAAGAGGAGGAUCAGCGGAAGCUGAGGCUGUGUCGCAGGCUGCAGAGGCAGGAAGAGGACAGGACGGAUUGCUUCCUCAAGGAGUGCGCGGUGGACCCCACUCUCCGAGAACGCCUUUCCCUUCUCUCCCGCACCUUCCGGAACCAGAGGGCAAAGGUGCAAGGAGACUCCAUGCUUUUCUCCGAUGAAGUCUUCACCAUUGAGCCGAUGGAGGGAGAUGUCUGGCCAAAUUCUUCGGCUGAAAUCAAGGUGAUCUUUAAACCCCGAGAAGCCAGAGUGUAUCAACAAGCGGUCUACUGUGAAAUCUCAGGCCGAGAGGCCAGGCUGCCCCUGCGCAUCAAAGGUGAAGGCAUAGGGCCCCGGCUCCGCUUCAACUUUGACCAGCUGGACAUCGGGAAGGUUUUCAUUGGAUCAGCCCACAGCUAUGAGGCGGUCCUGUUUAACAAAGGAGCCAUCGAUGCGUUCUUCCAGUUGGUCCCUCCAGCUACAGCUCUGGGCUCCUGCUUCACCUUUCUGCCCCGGGAGGGCACUAUUUUGCCAGACGGGCUCCAGGUGAUCCGGAUCUCCUUCAGUUCCACCAUCCUGGGGCAGUUCACAGAAGAAUUCAAGUUCAGUGUGAAUGGAUCCCCUGAGCCUGUGACCUUGACUAUCAGGGGCUGUGUCAUCGGACCGACUUUUCAUUUCAACGUACCUUCCCUCCGCUUCGGUGACGUCUCCUUCGGCUUUCCUCGCACCUUGUCGUGUCGCCUCACUAACACCUCCUUGGUGCCCAUGACCUUCAACCUUCGCAUUCCUGGGGACGGCUCGGGAGAGCCCAGUGUUACCAGUUUUGUUCCUUUGUCGGACAACACUCACUCAUCCUGGAGAAGGGGAGCCCAAGGUCUUGUGAAGCCAACCGAAUUUACCAUCACGCCGUGCAGAGGGACCAUCCGCUCCCAGGGGGUCGUGGAUAUCCAGGUCACCCUGUGUUCCAACACCGUGAAGAGAUACGAGCUGGCACUGGUGGUGGACGUGGACGGUGUUGGCAAGGAGGUGUUGGCAUUGCCUCUCACAGCCAGAUGCGUCGUUCCUCGGCUGCGAGUGCUCAACCCGGUCGUGACAUUUGGACGGUGCUUUCUAAAGUACCCGUAUCGGCAGAUGCUGACGCUUGAGAACGACAGCAAUCUCCCAGGCUGCUACGCAGUUCUUCCUCAGGAACACAAGAAGGAUGCUCCUGUGUGGUACUCCAGCCCCACGCCAUGUGGGAUUAUCCAGCCUCGCAGCUUGGUGGAGGUCCCGGUUACACUGGAAGCCCAGGUGACGGGAGAGCAGGACACAGUGGCUCGUGUCGCGGUGUUUGGGAGCGAAGGAUCCCCGCUGAAGAUCCAUUUAGUGAGCGUUGGAGAAGGACCAGUUGUCUCCGUGCACCCGAGUAAAAUAAAUUUUGGCCGUAUCCAAGUUUUACAAGAUGCUUCCCAAACUCUCCGCCUCUGCAAUCAGACUGUCAUCCCUGCAUCCUUCUGGGCAGAGAUGGCUGGCAAACGCUCGCGCUGGAGGAUUGAACCCAGUAAAGGAGUGAUCCCCCCCGAGACCGAGGUGUCUGUGACCAUCAUCGCAAACUUGGAUGACACGGAGAAAUUCAGGGACGAGGUGAACCUGUUCAUAGAGAACAGCCGUUCCUAUGUCAUCCCUGUCUGGGCUGUCGGCAUCGGCACCACCAUUGUCACCGACAAACCCUUUGGUCCGGAGCUCAACUUGGGACGCCACUUCAGCCUGGACCCCUGCUGCUACCACUUCAAGAUGACGAAUAAAGGGCGGCGCACCCAGUACCUGUAUUGGACAACAGAAGGUUUCAGCCCGUUUCACCGGCAUCAUCGUCUCCCUGCCAUUGGUACCACCAAGGGCAAAGAUUCCGCCCAGAACCCCAAACCUGCCUGCCCCGUGUUUAAGCUUCGGCCUCUGAGGAUGGAGCUGAUGCCGGGCAAGACUGUGGAGAUGACCCUGGAAGGCUUCUCCAGCACUCCGCAGUGAAGGAGCGGCUGCUGUGUCACGCCAU